AUGACAACAUUAACAUGCCUAGAACUUCCACGUUCUACUCAUACAAAGUUAGUAGAUCCCAGACAAGCUCUUCAAAGAACACGUUUUCAAAGAAGAAGAGGAAAAUUAUUUAAAACACAAAAAGAAUAUUAUGAAAGAAUUAAUAAUACACCUGCACCAUUAUUGUUUGAUAGUGAUGUUUAUAUUAGAACUCUUAUUUUAUUUUUACCACUUCUUGUUGUAUUUAAUAAAGAGAGAAUUGAUGGAACAGUUAGAAGACUAGUUGCACAAUCUGUUAAUGAUGAAGUAUCAAUUCCAUUACAACAUACUCCAAUUCUUAACUACAUCCACCAUACUCCAUUAGGUAAAAUACAAAGAAAUUAUAGUUCAUUUGUAUCAGCAUUAUAUGGAUUUAAUGAGACACCAUUUAAACAAUUAAUGCCAGAAAUUGAAGUUCCAAGACAAAUAGAAUAUAAUAAAUGUAUUCCAGGAAAACUUAUUGUAAGUUGUUUAAAUGGAAAAAUAUAUCUUUAUGAUCUUCAAUCAAAUACAUCAACACAAAUAAAUUCUCCUUUUAAUUCUUCACCAUAUGGGAUUUGUUGGUGUUCAGAAAUGUCAAUGGCAAAUAAUUGUAUUAUUGGUAGUGAUACAGGAAAGUUAUGUUAUUAUGAUUUUUCAAAAGGAAAAGAACCAUUAUUAACAAUAGAUAAUUUAGAACGAAUAACUUCUGUACAUCUUAAUUGUAAUUGUUCAAAAUUUAUUACUUCAGGAUUUGAAACUAAUGUAAAUCUUUUUGAUUUUGAAACACAUCAAUUAGAACGUGUUUAUGGAUCUUUACAUAAUGAAAAUGUUAAUGUAGCAAAGUUUUCUAAUACUAAUCCAUUUUUAUUUACAACAUGUUCAUUUGAUUCUUGUGCAGCAAUAUGGGAUCUUAGAACAGAUUGCUCUAUUCCAGUAAUACAAUAUACUGGAGAAACAUUAUUAGUAACAACAAUAUUCUCAGAAAAUGAUUUAAAUAUUCUUAUUGCUGGUUGUGAUAAUUAUGUUGAGUCAAUUGACCUUAGAGCUCAAAAAGGAAUAAAAAUGCAAUUAGAACGAAGAUGGGAUAAUAAUUCAUUUUGUCGUGGUUAUUAUUGUAAUGGAGGAGAAUCUGUUGUUGUUAGUAAUUCACAUGAACAAACACUCCAUAUAGCAAGAACAUAUGAUGGUAAAAGAGUUAUUGAUUGUCAUUGUGAUAACAUUAAUCAUCAAUAUAAUUUUGAUGGUAUUAUUACUGUUAGGUGUGAUCCAUUUAAUGAUUUUGACUUUAGUUUAGUUAUGAAUAAUGAUUCACUAACUCAACUUGGGUUAUUCCAUUGCCAACUAGUCUAG